AUGCUUUACAUUUUACAUUGUAUUAGGUAUAAAAGUGAUAAAACACAGGCUGUUUAGGCAUAAUCGUGCCAGAUAAGUCCUUAUUAAUGUCCUUGACUUUAAAUGAAUGAACUUUAUUAUAUUAUUCACGCGUUUUUGUUGUUUUUGCCAUUUUAAAACCUAUUUUUCCAAAUUUCAGAUCAAAUCAAAGCUAAAACAGGCGAAUCCGGCUGCUUUCCAUCGCCGGAAGAAGCUCGACACCACGAGAAGCAGGGUUCAAGAUCACCACCUGAAGAUCUACUAGACGUUGUUCGAAAAGGCGGAUCAGAACGGCCCCGAAUUCAGCUUCGACGGCCGUUUUCAUCCCGGAUAUAAAUCAGCGAAAAUUCGGCCUGAGCGCGCACAGAACGCGGCCUCGGCGGGUCCACCCGGCCUACGGCGAAGGCGAAGAGUCAACGAUCAGCCGGAGCACUUGCCCCCCGGCGAACGAGCUUCCACUUCUGUGAGUUUGAGUGUUGUAGUUGUUUUGGAAAUGACAGUGUUUGGGGUUUUCGAAGGAUAGGUGUUUGGAUGUUUAAGGCAUUUUUAUGGAUUUCUAAGGCAAUUUUAUGGAUUUUUAAAAACAUAAUAAAGUAGCACGUUUGAUUUAUAUGAAGCAGGAGAUUUUGCCAUGUUGUGAGGAGAGAACUAUGAUUUGUAUUGUUUUCACAAGGAAGACUACGAACUUCUUUGAAAAUUAGAAAGGGCACACAAUAAUUACUGUAACAACAAACUACUCACAUCUUCACUGUUCAAACAGGUUUUUUAGGUAAUAAGAAACUUUAAAGUCUUCUUUUUUCUAUAUCUACUUGAUCUUUUACUCUUAUGUCUAAUGAAAAACGUAUUGUAAAAGGUAAAAGUGCAACCUUGACAGGAUUUGUAUAACUAUUUAUUCUCUGGGAUAGGAAGACAAUGUUUAAAGUAAAUACGAGACUAUAAAAAUGAGCUUUUGUUCGUUCGAGAGUCUCGCGUUUCUUCCUUGAUUCAUUUUCAUAAAUUUUUUGUAAUUUCGAGGGAGUUUUGCUUUUGCUUUACUAUACUAAACCAGAUACUUUAGGGCACUGAACAGAUUUUUAAGGUAGCAAAAAGGAUAAGCAUUUGUAUGCCUUAACAUAUGCGUAUGAUUAGUACACUGUAGCUAAAGGGCUUUAAAAAGAUUAACAAUAUGGAUUUUUUGAUAUUUUUCUAUCUAACAUAAUAUCCACCCUUUCCUGGUCCAAAACCUGUUGUGGCUUUGAUAAUUAAAAUGUAUGUGUCCACAUACGUUAGGUUUUAUUGACGUAUCUUUGCUAUUCGAAUGUUUUUUGUUAUAAUUCCCAAAUGGCUUUUUAACACUUUGACUGUCUGCCGUCUCUCUUUCUCGCACACUCUUUUGUCUGGCACGAGUCUGUUUGAAAAACCAGAUUUUCUUUAUGUUUUGUCGAAUUUCAGGACAGAAAGUAGUUGAGCAAUAGUUUUAUGUGGUUUUCUUACUUUGAAAGAAAGAGAUUGUUGUUUUCACAGAUAACCAUGUUAUUCAUGACGAUUCUUUGGGGGUUGGUCAUGUUUUGGGGGUGGUAAUGAGGAGCUUGGUAUUAAGAAUAUAAAUUAUGGGUUUUAAAGCGUUUUUUGGAAUUUUAAAAACAAUUUUGAAAAAAGUUUUAAAAAUUUUUAUUUUUGAAUUUAUGUCAAAAUUUAAUUUUUUUAAAAGUUUGAUUAUUCGCUAGCAAAGUUAAUUUAAAUUUUCAAAGUUUCAAAUUCAAAAAUUUCAGAACGAACCCUCACCUGAUGUCUCAUUAGACUCGGCCACAUCGAACGGGGUAAGUUCAUUGAGACGUCGUUCCAACACUCUACGUGAGACUCCACACUUUCCACGGUAUUCGCAUCGGUUACGGUAUCAGUACGACUAUCGACCGCAUCCCACGUUGGACGCACACAUCGCUACAGCCUUGAGCAACAGCUUCAGCAGUACCACGUCCAGUUCGUCGACGCCAGGCUCUGCCAGGACGUCGUCAUCAAAACGUCGGCUCACCGACUCUUCUGAUUCUCCCGGUCAGCCACAAGUCAAGAAUAGGUAAGGUUUACAAGUUGUUGGUGUUUUGAUUUUUUAGGAUGUGUGAGAUUAUCAUUUGGGUUAAUGUUAAAAGAUUUUUGUGAAGGAGCGGCAACGAAAUACUUUUUAGUAGGCAUAGUUCUUGGAUUGGGACGGUUUGUAGGCUUUUAAUAGGCUAUUAUGCCUUAACUCGUUUCAACUAGAAAGUUAUGUCCACGCCAGACGUUUUAAUUGCUGAUUUUUAAAAUAGAACCCGAAGUUUACAGGAUUUCCUUAAUGAUUCAUUGUUUGUCACAGCCUUUAAAAGUGUUAUUAGGGAUCUAAAGGUUGUCUAGUGGGCAGGUAAAGGCAAAGUUAAGUUUGUUCUUUUUUAUAAUUACUCUUGAACCUUUUUGUUGCACAGUAGCUGAACAUAGACAAAAUUUUUUUUUAUGGGUAACUUACUCUAGAUGUCUAAUGAUAAAAUCAGGGUUAAAAAGAUAACACUCAUUUUAAGAUAAUAUAAUUGAGUUGUAAUUAAAAGGCGAGUCUUAAGAACAUCACGCUUGACCUUCAAACUCUCUGUUCUGUUUUUUAUUUGUUCGAAGGAAAGCCUGUAGUGUUCUCUUAUCAAAUAACAGAACAAAGCGUUCUUUUCUUUGGGUUUUUAGAAUGGCUGAUAAGUAAAGGAAGGGUAAGGAGGUUGAGAUUCAUUUAGCUUCAAUUUUUAUUGAUUAUUCAAUUUUAAUAUUUUCAUUUUUUCGUUUUUUUGCACAAAAAUGGAGGAAAUGGGGCUAGAUGGGUGUAAUCAAAGAUUUUUUUAAAUGAAAAAGUUUUUUUGCCAAUCUGGGGUUGAUAUUUUAUUUUUAAAAAAAAUAUUGUUUUUUUAAAGCGAUAAGACGUAUUGUUGCUUUUCAAUGUGAAUUAAAUAGGACCAGCAUUUUUCAAACCAUAAUAAAACAAUUUUAAAACAAACCUUUGAAUCGAAACACGCAAAAACAAUGCUGAUUUACCUUAUGACUAACGAAAAUAAAAAAGAAUUAAAUAUGCAUUAAUGCGGCGCAUAUGAGCAUUCAAAAAGGGAAAAAAUGAAAAUUCGGAAAUAAUUUGUUUGUGGGACCACUUGAAUGAAACCCAAAAUAAUUUGACCGAAAACAAGAACAAAGCGAUUUUUGCACGGGAAACUUGGCCCCUCGAGGCCAAUAUUCGGUGUCUUAUAUAACUAACUCUGUUUUCGACUUUGUCUUCUCGCAGGUUUUAAUUGGAAAACACGCGGAACGAGGUGCUGGCCGACCGGUUUAUUGUUGUACGAUGGCCCAUUACAAAGACGUUUUGGGGCCGGAGGGUGUGGGAAUAUUGUUUAUUUUUUAAAGGCUUGUAUAAGGUUGUUUUUACCGUAAUUUUUUAAAAGUUUUGACUUUUAUUUGGUGGUAUUAGGUUGUUCAAAUAAUUCUGUGCUUUUUAUCAAAUUUAAUUUUUGGUAUCACAGGGCACAGAAUUAUUUGAACAACUUACUAUCAAAACUGGUCAAUAUUUUUUGGCAAAAAAUUAACGUUUGUCGAAAUGUUGCAAAUAGGAAUAGUCUUGAUCUAGAAGCUUUUUUAUUAACCAUUGGUACGAAAAAAACGUUUUUGCAAUCUUAAAAUUGCAAAAAUAUGAUUGUUGAUUACUUGUAAGGGCUAAAAAUGGCUUUGGGACACGAGAAAAGUGCAAUUCUUAAGACAUGCACUUUAUGCACAUUUCCGAGUUCGCGAAAAGGAUAAUUUUAAAGAUAUUUUUAUAAUUCAUGAGCAGAGAGCUCACAUGCUUUCAAAACGAAAGCAUAUUUAGGGAGGGGGGGGACGUAAAAAGUACGCUUUUAAAUGAUUUUUUGUCAAAUUUUAUGAGGAAAAUAAAAUUUAAAAGGUUUUGGAAGGGGAACUUAAAAAGAAUUUUUUGUAUAAAAGGUUUAUUCUUAUUGGAAAUGGCGGGAAUAUGAAGGUUUUUUUUUGUAAUUUUAAGGUGUUUGUUAUAAAUCACUUAAAUUUACCGUUUAAUGACGUUGCGAGUUCUCUAGGUUCAAUAAAGAUAUGUGAUUAAUAUAAUUUUAAGAAUUUUAGUACUAAAUGGCAACCAUUUGGUCAACAACUUUAUUCUCAAAUAAUUAGUUUACUCUUUGUCACAUAUUGUUAUGACGAUCUCAAGAAUCAUCUUCUUGUUGUCCACAAAUCAUGACAAAACCUAUUGCAAAAACGAUUGUCUUUCAAUUGUUAUGCCAAUCUAUUUUCACGGCUCGCUCUCGUCUCGGGAAUCAGGUGGAAAACCGGCUGUGUGCGGGGAAAGGGACUGAUUAUUGUCGCCUCUCUUCGCGGCCUAAUCUCUCGCUUCAUGUGAUUUCGGCGGCACGGACUGCCACUCUCAGGUCAAUGAGAGGAAAAAAAGACGAGAAAAAAGAAAGUUGGUUGUUCUUCUCACUUGAUUCGACACGGGUUUUACAAGUCCACAAGGUGUUGUUGUUGUAAUUCACAAGGUGAUCAGGUGUAGGCUAUUCUUUAUGGACAAAGGGGAAACUUUGAGAUUUUGGUAUGCUUUGAAGUUGUCUUUUGAAAGCCUGUUCUGAAUAUUUUUCAUUUUAUUCUUCAAUUUGUGAAGCUGUUUUUUGAUCACAUUUUUGAUAACAAGGUUUACCUAGGUUUUCUAUAGAGUUAGGUAUAGCUAUAAAAGUUGAGAGGUGUUGUUGUUUUAGAUAAAAUUGUUUAUUUUGGCAGUUAUCGCUGAUUAUAUGUUGUUUUUGCUCGGUUUUUGAUGAUAACUUGUAGAUUUAAUCUUGUGAGUAGUAUUUGUCAUCAUAAAUGAAGAAAGGAGUAUUCUAUAAUUAGUUUUUGACUGUUAUCGUUGAUAAUAAUGUACUAGGUUCUUGAAUAUAGUGUUUUGAAAUAGGUUUUUCGAAUUAUGUUUUAAAAUUUAUUUUGAAUACAGAUUUUAAAAGUUUCGUUGACCUUCUGUAGUACUAUUCUUGACUAAAGGUUAGUACAACCUAUGUUAUUAUUUACGAUUCUUUCAGAAAUAUAAUACGCUUUAUUUACUGUCAGCAAUAUAUAAUAAUAUACACUUUACAACGUUGUUGAGGUGGUCUUGCAUUACGAUAUACACUUUGUUUUAUAUUAGUAUGUUGUUGUUCAUCCUCUUCCUCACUGAUCUUACGAUUUUCGUUAAUGCUAUGGCAAACAAAUAAUGUUUUGCUUGGAGUGACGAUAAUUGUUUACUGUUAAUUUUAUGGUUUGCUUAGAGAUAUUACAGCUUUGUUAUUUUGGUAUGUCAUUGCGGGUUUGCACGAAAGUAACAAAAUUUUGUCUUGUUUGCAUUGGUUUUGGUCGUUAUUUAUUCUCGUUACUACAAUUUGUUGCACGUUUUGGUCUUAUUGAUACUUACUUUCUCAUUGUGGAACCUUCUUAGGUUUUCGGUUUAUACUUAGGAUUCUGGUACUAUACUGCACGCAGAAAUUAUUGAGCGCCCCACUAACGUGGCAAUGAGUGAACCAAUUUGGACCAAAUUUUAUAUAUAGUUUAUUAACAACCUUGUAACAACAAAAACAUAACCAGAACCAUCUGCAGGAUCAUAAACAACUAUUUAAAUAACAUUUCCUAAAAAUGGGUCAAAAAAGAGGGAAAAAAUGACUGACCGCCUCCUAAAAUACUUAGAUUUCGCCAUCUCCUGCUUCCAAAAUCUUUUCCAGUCGUCUUGGUAUCUUUGAAUAAAGACUGGAGAUAACGUCUUUCGGGAAGUUUUCGCUACACAAUAAAAUUUUUUGCUCCAACGUUCUUUUAUCGUAAAACUGACCAUGUUCAUGAACCCGAUCUUCCAAAAGCUUUGAACGUGUUUAAUAAUGCUGAAAUCAGGUUAUAAUAAAAGCCAAUCAACUACACUAACUUGCUUUUUUUCAAAAAGUUUGUAGUUUCCUUGGAAGGGUGAAGGGCGCAGUUGUCCUACUGGCAGCACCAUCCUGUACGACCCAUUUGCUCAAUGGCCCAUGGAAGGAAGGUGGUGCGCAAGUCUUUGAUUUAAUCUUUAGACUUGUAUUUACCAUUGACAGUCUAAAAUGGCAAUUAUAAACACUGUUUGUAAUAGUUUUUACUUACAUUUACCUUGAUGUUACCAUUGCUGGAAAUAGCGCCAAGUGCCAUAACACUUCCACCACCUGCUUGACGUUUGAUUCGCUUUAAACGAGCAUUAGGGGUACCGUAGCAAGCCAGCUAGUCUGGUCCGUCAAAUGAAAACCUCUUUCUAUCCGAGAAUAUCCACUUACAAAAAUUGGUCUUUUGAUCAAGAUGCUUUUUGGCGAAAUUUGCCCUGGAAACCAUCUGAGAACGGCUUAACGGAAGUUGUCGUUUGGUUACUUCGUAGGUAAUGUCAUUUUCCUUUAAAAAUUUGUUAGUUGUGCGAAGACUGGAAUCCAGUUUUAAGAUCUUUUUGAUGAUUUUUGCGGUCACCUGUGUCCAGCACGAACGUCUUUCCCUACAAAACGUUCUAUUCGACGGACAGCGGCAGGCCUAUUCAUUGCCGGACGACCAACUUUCUUGUUAUGAACAUUCCUGAUGGUUCUCUUCACAGUAUUCCUGCCGUGGCCGGUCCUUCUUCUAACUUACGUGGUUUUUCCCGUCUUUACGAAAAUUUGAACUUUGUCUUUUUCUUCUUGAGGCAAAAUUCUGAAACCACUUUUAAAACAUAGAAUAAUAACAGCUUACCUUAUUCUUGUAAAAAACUUUCAAAAUUCUAGCAACUCCGUGCUAUUUUCCAGGGGUGCUCAAUAAUUUUUUCACAUUUUUUCACACCGAAAAAUAUUUUUUUUGUGUAAAACGAAAUGUCACAAACCAAUUGACAUUUCGUCUUACCAGAACAUAUUCCAGUAAACUAGGAACACGUAUGUCAAAUUUGGUCCAAAUCGGUUUACUCAUUGCCACUUUAGUGGGGCGCUCAAUAAUUUCUGCGUGCAGUAUAGUACCUUUUGGCUUUUUCAGUACUCGGUCUUUUUUGUUUAGGUACUAGGUUUUUUUCUUGGUCGAACGACUCAAAAUUAUUUUUUCAGCCAAAUGCAAAAUAGUUUUUUGUGCACUUUUGUUCCAACAUAGGUUUUAAAUUUUUUGUUUUAUGACAAGGAUUUGGCUUGUCACGAUUUGAGCGGUUUUAUGUGGUCUUUUUGUUGUUCCUCAUUGCUCAAUGGCUAAAAAUAGUCCAUUUUUAUAAAUUUAUUUAUUUCUAACACGCACUUAUGAUGUGUAGACAUAAUUGGUUGUUUAGACUUUACUUUUUCACAAAAGGUUUUGUAGGAGGAAAAAUUUGUAAAAAGUCGUUUUUGACUUUUAAUUUUGACUUACAAUUCAGACAAGUUUUUUGAAAUUUGUGUGGCACUCUUACUUCUUCUGGACUCUUUAAAAUACAACUUUGAAAUUGAGCUAAAAAUAAAAAAGUUGUACAAUAUGUACAUUGCCUUAUAAAUUUUGUGUCUAACUUUUAAUGUUUUGAUGGACUGAGAUUCGAUUAGGGUUCAAAGUUUGCGAAUAUAUAAAAAGCUCCAAAAAGAAUUUCACCAUUAUAAAAGAAUCUCAACAACAGGAUGCAUAAGAUAAUCAAAUUUUGCCUGAAAAUAGAAUGUUUCCGGCUCGACAGAGAGAAGGCGUUAGUUAGUUUUUCUUAAUCUAGCCUUUAAUCGUUUUACAAGUUUUGUUGGGGAAAAGCGAAAAAGCCGAGAGUCUGUCUCUUUUUUUAUUUUUUCAUCACGUGUGCUCACUUCUCUUAUUUCUCCCGUUUUCGAAAGGAAACAUCACAGUCAUCCGAGAUGCAAAUAAUAACAAGAUGGCUUUAAUUGUGUUAAUGUUACUGGGUAAUUAGAGUUUGGUGCUAUUAUGCUACAGUUAAGUAUGGCGUGCUUGAAAAGAUAAGUGUGUGGUUAAAAAGUCAAUAGAAAAAUUUGUGGGGUGAUUUUAUACCAUAUGAACGUGAUUUUACUACCUUUUUGAUUAUUGUCCUUAAUGGUCGAAUUGAAUUAUAAAGUUUGACAUUAUUGUUUGUUAUGGAUUCUAUAUUGUGUGAUAUUUGAUAUUGAGCUGGUUAAAACGAUAAGAACUCUUUAAAGAUUGUUUAAAGUAAUCCAAAGUGACAUGUUAAUGUUACAAAACUCGUUUUACAAUGCAGUUACGGAGAAUCCAGUGGAAUGUCAAAAACAUGAAAAUCUGGGUUAAUGCGCUGAACAUUUACUGUGGUAAAAGGGAAUGGACAUUGUGUUAGGCAGUAGCUUUUCUUCAGUUGUUUUUACAAAAAAACACUGCUAUUUGUAGUUGUAAGAUGGCUUCAAUGAUUUGAAAUUUUAGAUUUGCUUUUAUAUUUGUUAAUCUUGUUAUGAAAAAACAUUUUACCUUCAUAUUAUUAACGUUUAUGACGUUUCGUACUAAAAUAUACCCAAUAUUGAUUUUUCAUAAUUUCAGGCGAAUGCAACUUGGCAGUGGUCAGAAUUCGCAGUCGCAACAGUCGCCCAGCUAUGCAAAAUCAGUGGCCGAUCGUAUCAAAGGAAUCAACCUGAAUGACUCGAAUCGUCAUCGUUUGCCGGACUCGGACCUCAUUUUGGAUGGGGUCCUGGACGCGCCGGAUGGAUUACUCACGACGCUAGCCAAUGGCAAUGGCGUGGACAAGGUGGAACAGCUGAAGAAGGGCAAGAACUCGACUGCGAGCAGUUUGAUGAACAACAAAACCAAGAAACCAAGUCCAGAGCCGGUCCAAUUGAAUGACUUUCAACGGAAUGCCAUCCGAAUUAUUGGACAGUACUUGAAUGAACUUGGACUAAAGUAAGGUUUUGGAUAAUAUGUUAUUUUGCGGUUUAGGAACGGCUUUCAAAAAGCGGUUUUUGUUAUAUAAUAUCAAACGCAAGGCAUAAAAAUAAUAAAAACGGAUAUUUAAUGACACAUUUCAAUAUAUUGUUUUUGAAACGGACUAACCUUGCCAUUUCCAGUAGCACAGCCGAAGCCCUAGUCGAGGAAUCCGGAUGCCGCGUCGAGAAUCCUUUGGCAGCGCGAAUGCGUUGCCAAAUGGUCGAAGGUCAAUGGACUAAAGCUUUGGAAACCCUUGAUAGACUGCGACCUCAGCUCACGGAAUGGGCAUACCUCCAAUCACGGGUGUUAAUCAUCGAAGAACGGGUAAAAGACCUUUUGGCAUCUAAUGAAACCGCUCUCGCCUUGGACGCGCUACAGUAUGACUAUCCGGACGAGGUCCAAUUCCAACAUCGACGUGAAUUCUACAGUACGUUGUUGUUCAGGGACCCUGUUGAGAUCAUGGAGAUGUUCGAGGGUCGUCAGGAAAGUGUGACUCAAGCCUUGAAGGCGUUACACAAAAUACUGCCUAGUCAAAUACUACUGCCACCUUCGAGGUUCAAAAAUUUGGUUGAUCAAGGUCGGUUUAGAUUUGAUUUUGAUCUAAAAUAGAAGUUUUUGUUAUUACUAAGACACGCAUAACAAUAUGACGAAAAUAUUAUAAUAUUGAUACUUACAGCAUGCCUCUUCCAACAAGAACAAUGUGAUUUACAUGUUGAUUACGACACCGAGAUUACGGAUCCAUCUGAUUUCGUGCUAAGAGAUCAUUGUUGUUCUACGUCCAGCUUGCCAACUAAAUGCACUCAAGUAUGUUUUUAAUAUGCUACAUAAUUUUAAAAUCUUUGAUGUAAAUUUCAUAGACUAUUAAAGUGUAACUUAAAAUAUACAUAUAAAGCUGUCUUUUUAACGUUUUUAAAUAAAAGGUUAUAUAAACCUUUAUUUCCAGUACCUAUCAGAGCCAAAAAGCGAAGUUUGGGCCCUCCAAUUCUCCUCCUGCGGCCACUAUCUCGCCGCCGGAGCCCGCUUCAACCAAGUACUUGUCUAUCACACCAAAGACCUCACGGAUCACAACUUUUAUCUCUGGAAACGAAUACACAUCCCACGAGAAGUGAAAGGCGUAGCCACACUCAGCUUCUCCGGCGACAGUAAAACGAUCGCAGUCACAGCAACAUCAGAGAACACGAGUACGGGCGUCUACGUAUUCAAUCUGGAAUCAGGGAACUUGAAGGCUGACAUCAAGCCCAACCCUCAGGACUACAGCUACACCUCGGCCGCGUUCUUUCAAAAUGAUAACAGAAGGCUGGUUUGCGCUGGAAUGCACGGCAACUUCGAGUGUCAUGUAAGGGUUUUAUUGUUUGUUUUUUGAUUUUAGGAAAAGAUACUUAAAGUUAGAAGCUUAUUUUGAAGUGAAUUGACGCAAAAGUUUUUAGAAAAUGUAUUUUUGAAAAAAUAUUGCCCUUAUGUUCUCAUAUGCAUUUUCAGGACCUAACCAAAGAGAGAAAACCAAUCUCUUUCACGGGAUUCAGAAUAAAGUGCUUGGUGACUCUAAGCGACGGCUACAGCGUCAUUGCCGCUGAUUCCCACAACAGAAUCCGGCAGUACAACUUUGACGACAUGACUGAACACACGCUCUUCAAGGAGGCUUCUGAAAUCAUGACAUUCUCCAUAGAUCCGACCGAAAGCUUCUGCCUAGUUACCUCCAAAGAAAUGGGUCUUAGAUUGUGGUGCUUGAAGACGAGACAACACUUGAUGACGUUCACAGGAUCUCUACACAACGACUAUGUCAUACAGUCGUCGUUCGGUGGCAAAAAGGCCGAGUUUGUGGCUACUGGAUCUCAAGGUGGGUUGGGGAGGAUGAUUUAGAUUUGUAAUUUAUGUUUUGGAGGUUAAAUUUGGAUUACAUCCUGAAGUUUUCAAUUAAAAAGAUUUCCUGAAGCUUAAAGUGUAUUAUCAUGAUGAAUUCCAUCUUAAAAAGAAAAACCCUUCCCGGGGUCCAAAUAAGAACAUCAUCAUGGAUAAUAUAAUGUUUUCAGAUGGCAAGUUCCUGAUCUACAAUCGCCGCACCCAUGAACCGAUUCACGAAAUCCCGGCACAUCGUGGGCACACCGUGAACACGGUCGUCUGGAAUCCGGUGAACGCGAACAUGAUAGCAUCGGCUGGCGACGAUGGCACCGUCCAAAUCUGGGUACCGGAACAGAUCUGGCGACGACAGAAGCGACGAAAAAGCGGCCUCAACUCGGCCUCAUCGCUACAAUCCCUUGAAUAA